CCAAGACGCGCUUUUCUCAACGGUUUGCAAGAAUGGUCGGAACCGCGGUUUAUCCCACUUCUCAUGCUGUUCUUACUGGCACAACAAACUUCGUCACUUUUGCUCUACAAGAUUGCUUUCGCACAAUUCGUCCACCGGCAAAGCUAUCAAAUUUUUCAGCUGGCCUGGCCACCACAAGAACGUCGGUCUGGAAUCGUCAACAUAAUAACUUUGUUGUUGCUUUGUUACCGGUAGCAUUGCUUUUUUCUCUGGCGUCUCAUCUCAUUCAUCGAAGUUUCUACCCCCAAGCAAGCAUCCAAUGUGCAAAGUCACAACCGACACCCCUCCCGUGUCGCCGUCUUGCGGUGGCAAAUCAAUUGUGGUUGGCAUUGCAGCGCCAUCAUCAUCAUCCGAGAGUGAACGGCCGUCGCGAAAGCGCCGAGUACGAUUUGGAACAGAUGAGGAACGUGUCUUUGAGAAGGACUUCACUGCUGAUGACAUGUGCCACAUUUGGUACAACGUUGAAGAGUUCAUGAACAUGAAAUCAGAAAUCUACGGCAUGAUUCGAUACAUCAACAGCCAGCCCUUGCAUCUACAGAACAGCGAUGUCCACGACAGCGCAUAUUACUGGAGAGGCUUUGAGCACAUCAAGCAGAAGCGACCCCGAAAGGAAAUCCGUCGAAAGCACGUCAGUGAUUUGCUCUACUUUCACAAAGUAAUGAGCAUCACGGAUCCAGUUGGUCUGGGCUUGCUGGCUGUUAGCAACAGUCGAGAGGCUUUGGAGCGAGCUCGGCAGUUGGCCGUCAAGGAUGAAUCUGAAGCCUUUGCAAUCUACAACGAAGAUUACACGGAUAUUGUAUCCUCGUCUUCAGACGAUGAAUCCUCUACGUGUUCGGAAGGAUCAUCAGUUGUGGUGUCCAUGCAAGAUGAUGAAUGCGAAGUCCAGCCCAUCAAUCCAAUGACAAUGACCAUCUGCCGGGGAGAGGAAGACUCCAAGACUGUUCGUCUCCUACAAGUACAUGACAACCUGCCUGCGCUGGCCCCCGUCGAGGACGACGCUGUUCUCUCGCUUAUGUUGCUCCCGUACAAACUGGCACUUUUGCUCUUCCCAUGUAUCUGUUAGUUUGCCAGCCUGUAGUUUAUGUUUUGGUUUUCUGAUUUCUUAUGUAUCCCAGCUAUCCCUAGCUAGCUAGCUGGUGCGCAGCUCCCAAUUGCUGCAACUGAUAAUGGUGGCGACUCGAAAAUGCUUGUUAUACUAGCCCAUUAUAGCUGUACCUGUGCCUCUCUGGUGAAGACCAGGGAGAAUAACUAAACUCGGCUAAACCGAGCGCUCUAGUAACACGCUAAUUUUAUCCG